AUGAAGAGGAACAGGGCUGCCGGGGCUCCCAAGAGCGCCGGCAUCCUGAACGCCCUCAAGGCAAUGGAGAUGGUUGACGUCAAGUCGAAGCUUCCAGCUGAGAUUUUCAACCACGUCCUCGACUACUUGCCCAUUGCCGACCAGAUGCGCGUGGCUCGAACGUCUCGGAGAUUGCAGGAAAUGGUGUACGACGACACGAGAUGGGUGUCGCGGCUCAAGAGCAUGAAUUGCUGGGACGAGAGAGAGGCGCGGAGCCGUUUCGAAGAGGCUGUCCGGAAGAGGAGGGAGGCCGCCAAGAGGGCUUCGCAAGCGGCGCCUGCUCUGGCAGAUGGUGCGGUCGGGACUCGACUCAACACGACGACUUUGUUUGACGCGUCUGUGGAGGGGCAGAGGCGGAGAAGGGCCGUCUCCGAGCUACAAGACGGGUUCGAGACGCUGAAUGUCGGCAGCGGAGAGGCUCUGGGCAACGAGGUGCCGCAGGGUUCGGAUGCCUAUUUGGGGGUUUUCAGGAAUGCAAAGAGCAUACGGGGCGGCGCGAGGCAAGAGUACGGCAAGAUAUACGGCGCCCUGGCGCCGUUUUAUCUCGACAUUGUGAAGGCCAGGACGCACACCGAUCCGAUUGUGUUCAAGGCCUUCCGGGACCCGGAAAGCCAGGCGCGGAUGCUGGCGAACUUGCUGCGGUUCGCAAAGAGCGACUGGGCGUCGGGGUGUGAUGAGAGAGAACACAAGCUGGUCAGUAUGAUGGGGCUGUUUGAAAGCGCGGUGCUGCGAGAAUUCGAGCAGGGCUAUCAGUUCCGGGAUGUGCAUGGUCGGAUGAAGCGGUACGCGCACGUUUUGCACACCUUGAACGGGGCGAGAGGAGGCAUCGACUUGUUCAUUCACAAGAAUGACAUCUUCAGUGAUCGCGAGCUGGCGCCGAACCCGGCAGAGUGCCUGGACGGCGUCGCGGCAGAUGAAAUCUCGUUGGAGCCGUCACGGCGCUUCUUCGGCGUCUUGCUGGCAAAGGUCCAUGAACAGGCUGGUGUCAUUGGGUGCGUCUUUCCGAAUGCAAACGAGGUGUUUUGGGAAUUCGUCGACAAAGUGACGGAGGACGUCGUGAUGGAGUACACCACGCCGCUUUUUGACGAGAGCCACGAACGAAGCAUAGCGGCAUACUUGAAAGCCGUGUCUGGUGUUUUCCAACAGUCCAUGCGCUUCUUCCAGUCGCUGACGCCGCCGAAUGAGGCCAAGGACGCCGAUGCGGACGACGACUUGCUUUCGAGGGCCAAGCGACUCUCGCUAAAAGUGUUUGAACCACAUGUUGAUCUAUACCUGCAGGAAGAGCUCGAAUUUUUCACCAAGCACGCAGAGAUGGUAGUGUCGCAGUGGGAGAAGAAGCUGUCGGAGGAGGACUCGUCCCUCGAGUCGUUUUACAUGGCCAAUGUGAAUCGGUCGGCAGAGAAGUCGGACUUCCUGAGCUCCUUCAAAAAGGUGGUCAUGAUGCCGGUCACGGCACUCCCCAGCUUCCCCAUGGGCUCGCCCUUUGCAACGGCGAAGCCGACGUCGUCUGCUCCCACGUUUGCGGCCGGGAGCGCCUCGUCGGCCCUGACGCCAUUGCCGUCGCGGCCGGAAACGCCCGGUGUCGGCGGCCGGGGCAGUCCCAUGCCCGGGUCAGGCAAGGCGCCUACUGACGAGCUGGCGGCCAAGGCAGCCAUCAUGGCGUCGAAACUCGAGGGCAUCAAGUCCCUCUGCAGCAUCGAGGUGGCGCUGAGCCUGGUGCACCUGGCCAAGACCAGCCUCGGCAGGGCGGCCGUCCUGGUCCCCCUCGGGGGCCAGGUCGGCGGCGAGGCAAGGGAGCAGUGCGCAACCAUCUUCGUCGUGCUGCUCCGUAUCCUGGGCCAGCGACACGUCCGCAGCGGCUUCGAAACCGCCGUGAGCCACCUGUCCAACUACAACCCGCGGGACGUGAGCGACCACAGCCAAAGGGGCGGCGUCGCGCCGCUCGUCACCUUCAUCGAGCUCGUCAACGUGGGCGACCUGAUAUCGCAGAUGGUUGACGUCUUUUACGAGCAGCAGCUGGCGGCGCCCAAGAUCGCAGACAGGAACGACUUCAUGGACCCGGCGAGCCUCGCCAAGAAGAAGUUUGAGCAGAUGCUCGACGAGAGCGUCGCGGCCGGGCUCAACAGGGGCAUCGACGUGCUCAUGGACGAGGUGGAAUACGUCCAGGCGACGAUGCAGCUCCCGACCGACUACAACCCGCGGCCCGUGUCUGCCUUGCCAGCGGCGGCGGCGACGAUGCUCCCCGGCGGCGCGGCCGCGGCCGCAGGGUCCGAAGCGGACAUCGGGCCGACCCAGGCCGCCCGCCGCAUCGUCCGGCUCGUGUCGUCGCACACGGGCAUGCUCGUCGGCACCACGGACAAGGCCAUGCUGGACGUGUUCAACGGCGAGGUCGGCCUGCGCCUCUUCACCUCCAUAUGCAAACACCUCAAGCGGCAGCGCGUCUCGACCGACGGCGCCGUCAAGCUCAUCGCCGACAUGAACCUGUACGCAGACUACGUCCGCGGGCUCAGGAACCAGGACCUGGCGGCGUACUUUGCCGCCCUCCGCGAACUGAGCCAGAUCUACCUGAUUGAUGCCACGCACGCCAAGGACAUGGCGGCCGUGAUUGCCGACGCCGACCGCUUCGGCGGCGUCUUCAGGGCCGAGGAGGUGUACGAGUAUGCGCAGAGGAGGGCAGACUGGUACCAGGUGAAGCGGGGCGUCGAGAGGGCCAUGUACGGCAUGGAUUGUGUGCUGAUGUGA